AAAGCCGUUUCCUGGAUUAAGGGAAGGCACGGGUUGCACGGCUGUGCACUCGUGCUGGAGCUCCUUCCUUUUAUUCUUCUCUUCUUUUGGGUUUAACAUCUUUGCUCCGGUCAGAAAUGAUCUGUGUUCUGUUAUUCCUAAGGCAAGGGAAACCGUGCCCUCACACCUUGUUCCUGGCUGGUUUAGUCACCAGUGCUGUGCUUUUGGCACCUCAGAACUCAUCCGUUGUUUGUCCAGCGUGGGUCAAUGUUACAGCUUCAAAGGCAGCACACUGAGCCCAGCUACAGCAACCUCACUGAUGUUUGUUUUGUAGUGACUGUCAUGCUGGAGGAAGGCAUUUCCUGGACAGUCCUGGAGUCAGAAGUGCUGUAUUUCUGGAGCAGGUGUAGUACAGACAGCAGCAAAACUAAUCUCUCUUUCCAUGCCAGGGCUUUACCUUCAGUUGUGGAAUAUCCCUGGCUGUGGGAGGGUUGGUUGGCACUCGGUCUUUUCUCUUGUGCCUGCUGACUAAGGAACCGGUGAUAUUAGGGUUGUUGCAGUGUGAACUUGCACCUGUGCCUUUGCAAACUGAACUGCAAAAAAGCAGUGCCAAAAAAGAGCAGCAGAGAAGCCAGGUCUGUGCAUAUGGGAAAACUCCUUCCGAGCUGUAGGGCUCGUGCGUGGAAAACGAGCACAGCUGUACUUGUAAGGUGAGUCAGCAUGCUUGGGGUGAUUGAGGACUGGUUUGCUGGAUGACUUAUAUUGAUGUUAGGUCUGUACACUUCUUACUUCCUCCCAGUCAAACGGGAGGAAUGAUGCAGUGAUUGUAGAGUAAGAAGGAAGGCCUGGCGGUGGCGAUUCCUGCUGCUGCUUAGCUGUUGCUGGGCUGGGCUGAGGCAAUAAGAGGUGUUUACCUGGUGUUGGUAUGUUUGACAGAACGAGAUAAGCUUUCGGGUACACAAAGCGUUUUACAAAGGUGAUGAAAUGGGUACAUAGCAAUCUCAGUAGCUGUUGUCACCUUGUGCUUCAUGCAGAGAGCUGCUGCUUCCGUUUCAGACCCGAUGGAGGAGUUGUAUGCCAGACAGCUUGCCUAGCUGCCAACUCUACCAGGUUGCCUUGGUCCUGUGGCCAUCCGUCCUGCUGCGAUGAGUGGGAAGUCCUUGCUCUUAAAGGUCAUUCUGCUCGGAGAUGGUGGAGUUGGGAAGAGUUCCCUCAUGAACCGAUCUGGGACACUGCGGGACAGGAGAGAUUCAAGAGCCUGCGGACCCCCUUUUACAGGGGAGCUGACUGCUGCCUGCUGACCUUCAGCGUGGAUGACAGGCAGAGCUUUGAGAACCUCAGCAACUGGCAGAAGGAGUUUGUCUAUUAUGCUGACGUGAAGGACCCCGAACGCUUCCCUUUCGUAGUUCUGGGCAACAAGAUUGACAAACUUGAAAGGCAGGUGAGCACAGAGGAGGCCCAGGCUUGGUGCAUGGAAAACGGCAACUAUCCGUACCUGGAGACCAGCGCCAAGGAUGACACCAACGUGGCCGUGGCCUUUGAGGAGGCUGUGCGACAGGUGCUGGCGGUGGAGGAGCAGCUAGAGCACUGCAUGCUGGGCCACACCAUCGACCUGCACUCCAGCUCCAAAUCGGGGUCCUCCUGUUGUUAAGGGCGGCUGCUGCUUUGGGAACGUUGCCGGAACCGAUGGUUGGGUUGCAAGGAGAGCAGGGGCACUCUGAGGACGGUGGCCAUGAGGACAGUGGGUGGUUUGCUCACUGGGGAGUUGCAGCUUUACUGUCUGAAUUCUGACUGGAGUUUUCAGAUGUGGAAGAUGAAAUCUACAGGAGAGUGCUGUCGAAGAGCGUGUGAAUGCAGUCCUGCUCCUGUCCCUGCCUGUGUUAGCAGGCUUAAAGGACUGGAUUAAACUGAAGAGAGUGAAUUCCGACCUGUAGCAAGAACUGCAUGCGGAACACAGCUGGGGGCACUCCAGAAGCUCUGAAAUGUUUUAGUCCUGAAUUCAAAAACUACUAGACCCGCUAAACUCAUGGCCUUACUGCCAAAGCAAAGUCUGCUCAGCAGUGUGAGUGAAACCUGUUGGGAAGACUGUAGCCCACACAACUGUGAGGGUGCCAGAUCCUGGAGUGGCUGGGAGGUGUGCAUCUGCUGCUUGGGAUCAAUGCGUUCUGUGCUGAGUAGUGCUAGAACUCUGAUCUAAAGUAACGUAAUGAAGGAGAGAAGAAACUGGAUGCUGCAGCAUCAUUUCUUCGUAGCUGUCUGUUUCUGGUCUGUUUUUCUCCGCCUUCUAACUUUGCCUUGUUUGGCUGUUGUUUUAUGGAGGGACCGGCUUCUGCUUGUUUCCUCAGCCCUUCUGGAGGCUCAACACCAGAUCUUGCAUCUCACACCUUAAAUAGACCUGGAUGGAAGGUUCCAGCGUGGCCACUCAGCAGUUCAUGGUGAAGGAUCUGAGUGAGCUGGGAGCUCAGGAGAUCUGGAGCGUGAACCUUCAGCUGGUUCCUGUCAGAAGUAAUCUCUGUGUCCAGAUGAUUCUGUGUGUCUCUGAUUCUUACGAAUGCUGCAACAUAAAACCACUCACCGUGAUUACCUGUUGUGUCAGGGGCUGUGCUGCUCAGCACGGUUUACUCACACCAUUGCCCUGGCCCUUACUCCCUAACGGGGAAUCCAGUUUUAUCUGUAACUCAGCUGGCAUCCUACUGCUAGAGAACGUCCACUCAGUUAAUUGACCCUUGUCAAUGAGCAGCUGUGCUGGGGAGAGAUUUGGACUGAUUCCUCAAGGGGCUGAAGAACGGUACUGGGAGGGCAGAGAGCCCUCCAAGAAAGGAUGCCAAGCUUUGCUGCUCCCAGCUCCUGCUAGGUGUUAGUCCUGAGCUAUUUGUGUGUAGCAAAGAGGUCAGUGCUUGCUGGCUUGCCGUUGUAACCUCAUGUUCUGCGACUUCCUGUGCAAGUGUUUGUCCCAAAUGAUGGCUUUGCCUGUAAGCACGUAGGAGCCUGGCAUGGGGAGAGCUUCCUGCUGAGUGCAGCGCCCACUGUGAUGAGCUACUGGAUAGCUAAUUGUGUAGCUCAAAUGGAGCAGCCUCGCAUACUCAGUGCUUUAGAGCAGGGCAGUCCCUGCUCUCACACUGGCUGGUGGCAGCUAAAACCCC